GUCUCACUGAACUGAAUGAAGAGAGACACAGGAGCUUUCAGGGACGAAAGGAAAGGAUCCUGUACUAGUGGAAGCUUUUGGGAGACGUCAGAGAAGGAGGGGUCAGGCGGCCAUUUUCAAAACGGCCAGAUGAGAUGUAACACAGCCAGAGCCCUGAGAGAUAUCGGGUAUUAAUGUAACUGGAGUGAAUAAGGGAACCUUCUUCCUGAGCAUAGACAUUGGAGCCUGUUAUCAGCAUGAACUCAUAUGUGUUAGACAAACACCUGAAUAGUUCAUAUCCAUCCUUCACUACAGGAAGCAUCAGAAUUAUACCGCAAACUCCAAAAGUCUUAGACACCAAUGACUAUUCACAAACAUUGGGGAUAUCACAGCAGAUAUUUAAAGGAGAUGGUGAAUUGACAGAAACUGGGCAGCAAUUAUUAUGUACAGACAGUAAUUUAGUCAUCAAACAAGAGGACAACAGUUAUGCCUUAUCUAGUGAAAUUAUUAUCCGAGAGGAUAAACCACACACAUUUACUGAGUUUUCAAAACAUAUUAAAGUAGAGAAAAGUCUACAGUCUAGCCAAAUAAUUCAUACAAAGGAGAAACGUUUCAAAUCUACAGAAUGUGAGAAAAGCUUUAGAUGGAAGUCUAUUCUACUAGAGCACUCCAAAAUUCACACAGGUGAGGAACCACACACAUUUACUGAGUGCGGCAAAUGUUUUACACAAAUAGAUCAUCUGAAAAGUCAUAGAAAGAUUUACACAGGAGAAAAGCCUUUCACAUGUACAGAGUGUGGAAAAAGUUUUACACAAAAGAGUAAUCUGAAACAUCAUGAAAGGAUUCACACAGGAGAAAAGCCUUUCACAUGUACAGAGUGUGGAAAAAGUUUUAAACAAAAGAGUAAUCUGAAAACUCAUGGAAGGAUUCACACAGGAGAAAAGCCUUUCACAUGUACAGAGUGUGGAAAAAGUUUUACAGUAAUUAGUAGUCUAAAACAUCAUGAACGGAUUCACACAGGGGAAAAGCCUUUCACAUGUACAGAGUGUGGAAAAAGUUUUACAGUAAUUAGUAGUCUAAAACAUCAUGAACGGAUUCACACAGGGGAAAAGCCUUUCACAUGUACAGAGUGUGGAAAAAAUUGUACAAAAAAGAGUGCUCUGAAAAAGCAUGAAAGAAUUCACACAGGGGAAAAGCCUUUCACAUGUACAGAGUGUGGAAAAAGUUUUACACAAAAGAUUGAGCUGAAAACUCAUGAACGGAUUCACACAGGGGAAAAGCCUUUCACAUGUACAGAGUGUGGGAAAUGUUUUAAAGCUAAGGGUAAUCUGAAACAUCAUGAACGGAUUCACACAGGAGAAAAGCCUUUCACAUGUACAGAGUGUGGAAAAAGUUUUACAGAAAUGAGUAGUCUGAAAAAUCAUGAAAGAAUUCACACAGGAGAAAAGCCUUUCAGAUGUACAGAGUGUGGAAAAAGUUUUAAACAAAUGAAUAGUCUGAAAUAUCAUGAAAGGAUUCACAAGGGCAGAAACCUUUAACAUGUUUACAAAGUAGGGUUGCUUCCCUUUGCACAGCCGAUUCCCUGACACUUUGCAUAUGGGCGUGGUUGAGGAUGUGGUUAGGGGUUUUGCUUAGGAGAAAAAAUUCUCUUAGGGAAAGAGAAUAAUGUACUAUGCGCCAACUAGAAGAAGCUAAAUUAGUAACUGAGAUGACAAUAGAGGUUAUCUAAUGUGCAUAUGCAAAAUAAUUUGUGUAAAAAAUAAGUGAGUAAGAAAUCACAUAAAGUCAGGUGAUUCAAAAGAUGUGUGUGGUAUUUGUGACGCACCUUGCGUGACUAAACACGUGUAAUUAAUAAACCCUAAAAAGAACACUAAAAAUAAGUAAUGUUAUAAGAAAAUGAUUUCACAACUGUAUCUGGCCAUACAAAAGUUUAGAUACAACUCCAAAACCCCACAUUGCUUUUAAGUACAAUUUUAUCUGAAAAGAUAACCCUCAUGAUAGCACAGGCUCUUUUAAAUGAACGCAUACCAAUAUAUAUUUCAGCUAUAAACACGUUUAUUAGAACAUUAUGUACAGCUACCAGAAUCUGUGUAGCCAAAUACUGGAAUGUGAGGGUACCUACUUGGCCUGAGAUCAUGGAGAAAAUUUGAACUAUAUACACCAUGUCAGAGCGUGCCUCAUGGAUUCAGGGCACAAAUGACAAUUUUCAUAAGAUAUAGUUCUAUUGGAAUAUGAAGGAGUCGGACAUCCAGAGAGAGUAGUGAGGAGUUUAGGCUCCCCUAGAAAUCAGACCUCAGAGGGGUUGGGAUUGGGACUAAGGUGAAUAUUGAUUUGGCUACCCCCAGUGCUGCUCGACAAAUGCUUUUUCAUAAGGUAAUUCUACUGCUACUACUUCCUACAAUAUGUAAACAUAUAUGAAUAUUGCAGGCAAGCUUAUGGUUUAGACAUUUUUAGUAUAAGUUAAUAUUAUUAUUUUUUAAAUAUGCUCUGUUUAUCUACAUUUUCAUGUUUCUUUUUAUUGCCAUGAGGCUUUCUGUAUAAGAAUAUGCAGAGCUACUUGUUGGAUAACAACAUGGAGAGGCCCAGAUCUCGGAUCUUCAGGGUAUUCCGGAAAUCAAAGUUGUACACUAUUACUGCAUAAAUGAUGCGCUGAGCUAGUACUUGAGACUGGGCUAAUGAUUGUCAGGUGCUAUCUAAUGUUCAUUCAUGUUGUUGUGAAGUUGAUGAUGUUGUUCACAAGGAAAACAAUACAAAUUAUUUCAACUAAAAAUAAGUAAUGUUAAAAAUAUAUAUAUGGGGUGUAUAAAUAAACGUUCCAUAUGAAAAA